AUGUCUUCCACCAAACACACAGCACGAUCAAUUCUCGACGCAUUCUACGAUGCCGAGCGCAUUUACAUGGCCGCAUCACCCGAAGAGCGCGAUUUUAGCGGCAUGGCAGCAACGCUCUCACCAGAAGUGAAACUCAGACAAACAUCAGGCCUACCCUACGCCGGUGAUUACGUCGGGCCUGAAGGAUUCCGAAAAUGGGCAGAAGACAUGGCCAGCUAUUUCGACAAACUCGAUGUGCAGAACCCCGAGAUUUUUGAACGCGAGGGUUCGAACCGCAUCAUCUCGCUCAGCUACCUCUAUCUUAGAGUUCGCAAGACUGGGGAAGAGUUGAAGUACCCUAUGUGCCAGGUCAUGACGGUUGAUUUGGAAGCUGGCGUUAUCAAGAGCAUUAUGCCGUUUCAUUGGGAUUUAUAUGCGUUAAACAAGGCUAUCGGUCACACACCUGAGAUAUAA